CUGAGCUCAGCGACACCGUUUCACUACUACGACAACAGGAGUCGAUUUACGGCACUGUUGCGUCACAACACGCGUCACACACAUUGCUCAGCAGAAGAGCCGCUGCAUGAAACUUAGGGCUGCAGAUGUGUAGCCCAGGAUUAACCGACAAAACACGGACUGAUGGAAAACACUCAACGUCAUGAAAGAGAUUGACACUGUGGGGGGAGAGGAAGAUGGAAAAUGUGAAAAUGAAGAAGAGGCUCCAAUAAGGCGUAGCUUCUCGGUUGAAGACCUUCUCGGUGAGGUGGAGAAGAUCUGUUACGAUGCCUCAGGGACGUCAAAGGUGGAGAUGGUGGUGAGGCUGUGGAAGGAUGGCUUCACUGUAAACGAUGAGGAGUUUCGCAGCUACGCCGUACCAAAGAAUCAAGACUUCCUGGAUGCCAUCAAAAGAGGGGAGCUUCCAGCAGAGUGGGAGAGCAGAGCAGAGGAGGAGGAGCUGGAGAUCAGUGUGGAGGAUCUGACAGAGGAAAAUUAUAUUCCCAAGAAAAAGGCCUUUCACCCCUUCAGCGGCCGAGGAUACCGACUUGGCAGUGUUGCACCCAGAGUAGUGGCCAGGUCACCAUCUGUGCACGAGGAUGGAGAAUCUCCUCCUAUUCCCAUGGUAACACUAGACCACGCCCUUCCUGUUACCUCGCUGCAGAUCUGGUUGGCUGACGGCAGGAGAUUGGUGCAGAGGUUUAACCUAUCGCAUCGGAUCACUGAUGUUCAGGAUUUCGUGGCACGCUGCCAGAGGAGCUGCCCACCUUUUGUCCUGACGACAUCCGUUCCUUUCCGGGAACUGAACGACAAAGAAUUGAGUCUAGAGGAGGCCGAUUUGGCCAACGCCGUCAUCGUCCAGCGACCCCUGAACACACAGGCUCCGUUUGGACACUCCUGACUAAAAGAGCCCCAGUAAUCACGCAACAACCCACUUAAUAACCCCUUCACUGACACCGCACCAUGACCCUGAAUGCAGUCUCACAGCCUCCUAUAACCUAUAAUCUUUGUUUAUUCUGCAGUUUGUGCUGCAUUUGAUUGAUUGUUGUAUAUUAAUCUCUGUGUGGGAUCUCUUCCAGCCUAAUGGAGAUAUUGUCAGUUAUUCACCAUCACAGGUGUUUAAGUGCUGUUGUCAAUGCUUACUUUGUCUUCUUCCUCUGGAGGACAGUGUUUACCUGCCAACAGAUCUCCCAAAACCCCCGAACUGUAAAAGGCAAACCAAGUCUGCCGCCCCUGCAGAUGGUCAACCGUGUGUGUCCAUCUGUUGGUCUACUACAUGUAACCCUUCCCUCACACACACACACACAUAGGCACAAUACCACCACCAGCAGCACCCACCAACUCUCUAAAGUCUUCCCAAACGGUAAUCACCAGUUUUUCUGCACUAUUUACAGUAGAAACAAUAAGGAACUGAUAUUUCAAUGUGUAUCUCUGAGUUUACAGUUAUAUUUAAGGAAUGUGAUGUUUUGUUUGCACAUUGUUACGAUUUAAAAAAGAGAAAAGAUGGCAGCUUGUUAUUUAUGUUGGCCUGACUAUUGAGGUCUAUUAAUUGUUUGCCAUUUUUUUUGCUUUUCUGUGAACAUUUGCCUUUGUUCUUAGAGGGGAUAUUUAAUUCAGAAUGUACAACGUAUUGUUUUAUUUGACUGCAUCCUUGUAAGGCAUAUCGCAUAUCAAGGUACAAUAAAAUACUCCUCAAAGUUC